UUGAGUUUUAACCCCAGUAUCUGUAAGAGAUUAGCUGUUGGUGGAUGUUUACUGUGAGAAUUCAAUAAUUGAAGAAUUGUUUUAGUUGAUUUGAGAGAUGGUGGUGCUUUGUUGAUGGGUCCUGGUGGUGAUUUAGGUCAGGUGAAUAAAGAGAUGAUGAUACAGAUUUUGGUUGUUUUGUGUAAUUGAAGAUCAGGGAUGAAGAAGGAUUGUUUCUCAUUGUCGCCGUGGUGAUGGUGAGUUUGUUUGAUGUUGUCAAGUUCAGAGAUAGAGAUGUUCAUUGAACAAGAGAUGAUCUGGUGGUUGCUGGUUGUAACUGAAGUGCUGAGAAGGUUCUGAAAUGGAGUCGAAGGAACUGAAGAUGGUGAUAGAUUGAUACAAAUGAAGAAUUAGGGCUUGAGUAUUGAGAAGAAACUGAAUGAAGUGUUUGUUGACAUGACUGAAUGGGAGUGUGUUUGAAUGUUCAUGCUUGCUUCAGAUUCAAAUGCAGUUGAUGUGCUAUUGAAGCUGAGAAGAAUGGAAAGUUAUAGCCUGAAUGGAAUGAUGCAGUUGGAAGUGGAGUUGCAGCUAAGUUAUGGCGGUUGAAGCAAUGAUUGUGGAUUGUAUAUGAGGUGCUAAGUACGGAUUGCAGUUAGGAUUAUCCGUGUUGGUAGCUCUGUUGUUGUUGCAACUGCAGUUUGGUGAAGAUUGCAGGAAAUGAUCGAAAGUCAAUGAGUUUGGUGGCGUCUUGGUGUGAAGGAAAGCUGGUUAUGAAGCAGUUGCAGGAGAUGGUUGAGUUUCAAAUGGUGGUUCUGAGAGUCAUAAGAACAAUGGAUUUCUGGAUUAUUAUAGAUGGAUGGAAAAAUCGAUGGGUUAAAUCUGACUGGAAGAAGGAUGAGAACAUGGCUGGGGAGUGGAACUUUACUUCCAGUAAAUGGGACGGUGAAGCUAAUGACAAAGGUAUCCAAACCAGCAAGGACUACAGAUUUUAUGCCAUCUCUGCUGCAUUCCUGAGUUCAGUAACAAAGGAAAGAUAUUGGUUUUCCUAUUCAAUGUUAAACACGAGCAAAAGCUUGGUUGUGGUGGUGGAUACAUGAAGUUGCGUAGUGAUUAUGUUUACCAGAAGAACUUUUAUGGUGAC